ACUGCUGUAUAAGAACGAGAGAAAUCAUGAUGAGGCACAUGAUAGUAAGAUGUGACGAUGCCAUUAUCGUAAUACUCUUCUAAAAACGGUGUGUUUGUUUGCUAUUUAAUGGUUGUAUUUUCUCGAAAGUACAAUAUAGACUAUAUAUAUAUAUAUAUAUAUAUAUAAUAUGAAAGAGCAACCUUAUUAGUUAUUAGUCUAGUAUCUAAAAUGGGAUUCUAAUCAAAGAAGAUUAUUAUAUUAAUAAAAAUUAAUUAAUUAAUUUAAAUGUAUAAAAUAUAUUAAGUCAUUUAUACAUUAACAAAUAUGUAUUUGAAAGUAUUAAAGAAUAUCUCAUAGUAUUUUAAAUUAAAAAAUAUAUAUCUUCUCAUUUUUUAUUAAUUAGAUAUUCAUUGAAUUGUAUGGAUGAAAUUGAUCUACUUAUUCAUGCAUCCAUUUCAUAUUUCUAAUUUUUUAUUUAACAUUUUACUUAGGAAUAGGAAAAAACUAAAAUAAUUAAACCAUAAAUUAAUGCAUAACCAGUAAGAGUAAUUUCAUCUAUAAAAUUCAAUGAAUAUCUAAGUAAUAAAGAAAAAAUGAAAAAAGAAACAAAGAAAAAUAUUUAUUUAAGAUAUUAUGAGAUAUUCUGUAAGACUUUUAAUUACAUUUAUUAAUGUAUAUAUGAUUUAAUAUAUCUUAAAUUAAUUAAUUAUUUUUAUUAAAAUAAUCUAUUCUAUUACAUUAAAAUCAUGACCAAUUGAUAAAUGUUAUGUCCAACUAAUUAUUUUCAUAUAAUUGAAUCUAAAAUUAAUUCUAAGUGACGGCAGUUACAUAAUUUGCAUUUUAUUUGUAACUGGUAUGACCCACUUCACUCUAAUACUUUUCUUUUAUCGAUGUAACUGAAUUAUUUAACUUAUUAAACAAUUCUAUGGUUAUAUUAUUGAGCUUUUUAAAAUUUAUACACAAAUAUAAUUACGAAGAAAAAUACAAAUAUGAAAACUGAAUUGUUUUUUUUUUUAAAACAAAAAAUAAUACUUACCCUUUCAAAGGACGGGUCAAAAUCUAGUUAUUAUUUAAUUUAAAACCCCAUUUUAAAUACAAGAGUAAUAAGGUUGCUCUUACAUAUGUAUAUAUAUAGUUUCUAUUGUACGUCUGUAGGUAAUACAACCAUGAAAUAGCAAACAAAUGCAUCGUUUUUAGAAGAGUAUUACGAAAACGUCAUCAUAACAUCUUGCUAUUUUGUGCCUCUUUAUGAUUCUCUCGUUCCUCUACAUCAAUUUUAGAGUUCAAGAGAAAGUAUUUCCGUCUCCUUCCAUGUUUUGGAACACGUUGUUUUUGAUGUAACAACGCACCGCCGGAAAAAUGACAAUGUUAUGUUACGCAAGCAGAAUGUAUAGCUCAUUGCCCUAACCCAGCAAAUUGAGCGGCUUAAGAAACUUCAAGAACAAGAAACAUUCAUACACAGGAAAAAACGUUACUUCAAAACUCUCUCUAGAAAACCCUAGCCGCCAGGGGCUUCCUCCCUUGGCCUUCUCCUCCUCUGCCAUGGAUUCCGGUCAGUUGACGGAGCCUGACCCUCCAGAACCUCCCGAUCCACCCUCAUCUCCCGUUAGAACCUCUAACAGAUCUUUCUCUCCCGUCAAAACUCUCAUCCUCUGCAAAUCCCAUAUCAUCAAUGGAGUUUCAUUCUUGGACAGAUCUGUCUUCUCCAAGAGAUUUUCCAUCUCAUCAUUCCAUCUCCUGUUACUGUCCUCUGCUUCGGAAUCAUUCAUGAGUCUAGAUUUAAAUAUGAAGUUUUCUCAGAUCUCAGUGUAUUCUGCCUCUGGAGUUCUUUGGCUUUUCAUCUCCUCUCUGAUUUUGGUCCUAAGAAGCUCUUCUACUUCAGUCCCGGUGGCUGGUUUGUUGGUGCCUGGUUUGGGUUCCUCCAAUGGCUUUAUUACUGCUGAAUGUAGUCUCUUUUUAUGGGUUUCGUUGUCUCCCGUCGCAGUCACUGUAUGUUUUACCUCACAGCUUGUCAAUCUGGUGGUAGCUUCGUGCACGGGUUGCUCGGCCCUCAUCACCACCUCAUGCUUCAUUCAUCUCCCAACAAUCCAGGUUGUAUCUCUGAGAUUUUCAAACUUAUUCACUGGUGUUGUGUUGAUUGUUUUGGAGUGUUGUCCUGGUCUGUCCCUAGUCUUGGUGCGGCCAUUUACUGCAGUAUGCUGUCUCUUUACUGCUUUAUGCAGUUCUGCCUGCGCUAUAUUGAAGUACUUUUGUAUUCUGUUGUGGCAGCUUGAUGGAGUUAUGUCUGACAUUUCAAUUCCUUGGGUCUUGUUUGUCGAUAUUUACUGCUCUCUUUCCUCCUCUAUGGAGUGUGUUCCCCUUCUAAUUUCAUCAUCUACUUUAAGUGGUUUUGUUUCAGGAAGUAAAACGUUUAAGAUUAUAGAUACUUCAGAUAUUGAAGUUCUAAUCAAAGGCUCAUCAAAAUGGUGUUCAAUCGCCUAUGUGUGUGUAGCCAUUUCAAGGAUUGUCAAUUGUGCACUUGCUUCUGUUUCAAUCUCAGGAAUUAUAUCACUGAAUGUGGUUUUUAAUUCUCAAGGCUUACUUUCACUUUGCAGCUUGGUUGUUGAGACUAGAGGACCUCUCCACGCCAUUAGUUGUUUAAGUGUUUUGUAUGCUUCUAUCUUUCUUUGCUUCAUUGUAAUUGUUGUUUGAUUGGCCAGGAUGGCUUUGUUAUCAUGCUCUGUAAACACUUUCUCCUUAAAUGGAGAGUAAGAAUCUAUAAAAUUUGAGGUUUGUCUAAAAAAAAAAAAAGAAACUUCAAGAACAUACUUGUGUGAAUAUCUCAAUAUAAU